AUUAACGUCACACCGUCGGCUUGAACAUACGAUUCUGUGAAAUACGUCAUACAUGCAUCGAAAUGUGAACUAUAUGCUAAUGUGACGUCAUACUGUUGAGCGAAAUUUACAACAACCUGGCAACCGUUAAAGAAAACAAAAAUCGCAACAAAAUGAUCAUGCCUAAUGGAUAGAACACACUCAACAAAUCAACCAACCAAGUGGAAAUGGGGAAUGGUGUUUCUACUGCUCUUGUUCGAAUCGGCAAACCAGGUGAACGCUUAUCAGAAGAUGAGGUUGAACUUGCAUCAAAUUGUUUAAAUAGGUUGCCAGUGGUGUAUAAAGGUUACAACAAUGUUCCCCUCGAAGAAAUAUCUAUGUCUUGGGAACUUUAUAAAGUUAAAAAAUCUACCAUUAUCGCAAGAGCGCAGGGAGAUAUGACCAUGGAAGGAAUAUUUAUCAUAUUGGACGGAACUAUCGAACUUUUAUCUGAUAAAGAUCGCUUAAUAGUCGCAGGCUUGCAGAAAGGGGAAUUUGUUGGUGAUGUUCCAACAGUAUUCGAAAAGCCAUGUGCCGCAACAUGUCGUGCUAAAAAAGAUACAAAGCUAUUAUUUCUGAGUAAAUCGUCUUUAACACCAACUAUUCUCUCAGUUGAAAUUACCAUGGACGAAUGGUUAGUCAAACGAAUGUUUCUUGCGUGUACAGGAAAAGAAAGGGAACAUAUAGCUAGGAGAAUUACUGUAAGAGUCUUACAACGAAUCCCACUUUUUAGAAAAUGGGGACUUAUUUCACUACAGAUGUUGGUCGAUUACAUGAGAAACCCUAUUAUAAUAUACCCAAACAAGGCAAAGCUUAUUAUGGAAGGCGAUCCCUCCGAAGCCUUACUUGUUGUCCUUAGGGGAGAAAUAGGGAUAUACGAGCAAAACAAUCUUAUUCAACGUAUUGGGCCCUCAUUAGAUACAUUUCCGAUAUGGAUCGGCGAGGAGGGUUUGUUAUCAGGUGAAGUGAGACCCUUUACGCUAAGAGCACAUUCCAUUUGCCAGAUAAUUGUGAUCCAAAAGAAUACAAUCGAGAGUGUAGCCGAAGUAAGAACGGGGGAUGCUGGUCAAGCUUGGGAAUAUGAACAAAAAUCCUGCAAAGAACGAAUAUCUCGUCGAGAUGAGAACUUAUACAUUAAACAUAAAGCCUUUCUUCAAUAUGAAACAAUACUCUUGAAUUUAAAAUCGAGAAAUAUUGACAGAUUUGCAAACUUCACCGUUCAAAAUCUUUGGCACAUUGCGACAAAAAGCACAGUGAAACAUUUGAAAAAAGACUCCACAUUUUCGCAAGAUAAAACUUUGGAUAUCUUGAUUUAUGUGUUAACUGGGUCACUUCGUGUUGAAUCAUUUGAUGACGAAAAUGACAACGAUGUGUUCAACAUGACAAUUGCAGAGGGUCAGCUAUUUGACCCAAGAACACUUUCAAAAGAUGGAAAAGAUAUUGCUGCUACUCAGUCAACACUUUUACUUGAAAUACCAAGUGCAGUUGUGGCUGAAGCGGAGAACCUCAGCGAAAUAAUUGAGCUUAUUUAAACUAUAUGAUUUUAUAGAAGAGGUGACAUAUACUCGAUAAAUACAGGGUGCCCCAAAACAAAAUCUAUACUUUUAUUAGUAUUUUUCUAUAUUAAAUUUUAAGCAGUAGUGACAUCUUACAAUAAAGUAUGAAAAUCUGGGUUCGUGUUAUUUCUAAACAAAAGCUGCCAUUCCUUUCAAAUUUCUGACAUUGGUAAUGUCGUCUGUUUUCUGUAUUACAGUUGCGCUGGAGUAUUUCUGGCACAUGCUUUUUAAGAUAUAAUGUAAUUACCAUACUUUUGACCAACCAGUACCAUUUUAGGCCAACGAAAUGUACACAGUUUCAACAAAAUUGAUAGCGAACUGAAUCUUACUUGACCAUGUGAAAAAUACAUGAAGAUAAGCAAAUCAUUAUUUCUAGAAAUAUUUUAUUUCACAUGUUAUUUGAGCUAGAUGUACAAAUAUAAGAAUUAUUUAUAAACUGCAAGAGAGAAAUUGUAAGCAAACACUUUUAAGAAGUGCAAUCUAUAUGGUAUGAAUAUACAUUUUACUUGCAUCUACAUUUCUAGUAGAAUACCAGGAGGAUAAUAGUAUUAACAAAUAGAGUAUUUUAGCACAACCUAGCUUGCAAUUGUUAGUAUCUUCAAAUAUUCAAAUAAAGAACUCAGAUGGGUUACUUGCCUUGCCCAAAUCGGUCUCUUUUACUUAUCUUGAUUUCUAUUAUGUAUUUAAUUGAAAAUCAAGAAAAUAAAAAAAUAAUACAGACUUAGGUAAGGCUAGUGGGUUACCAGCAAUAAGAAAUCUAAAGCUGUUGCAAUCCUUUCUGGCAAAACACAAUAUUGGCACAAUUAACAUUAGACAAUGAUGCCACGCCGUUAAAGCAUUAAUAACGGGUUAAUCAUAUUAUAAUAUAUAUACAUAUACACCGUAACCUCAGGUGGAUCAUCUUAGAAUUAACAUUAUCAACAGAGAGAUUUCGCAACCGUACUUAGAGCGUCUUUAAUAUUGAUCCCUUAUGUUUUUAACGUUUAAAGUGUGUGUACUAUCAGUCAUCACUUGUCGCGUAGCUCUAUCCAUUCAUUCGGCCGGCCCAUCACUAAAAAGGGUUGUUUAUAAGUGAAAAAAUACUUAUCUCGUUUGGACAAAGUUAAUGGUGGGGCAUCAUCGUGAUAUUUGCCAUGAAGUCAUAUUACUGUCUAAUCCAACUUAUGAACAAGAAAUUUGGAGAAAACGUAUCAUUCUUGGUGAAAAGAACAUUAGAAUUGAUCGAAGAAAUAUACAUUUCUAUAUGACUUAUGAGUACAUAUUUUUGCAAAACGACAAACUUCAAUUCACUUUUACUUAUAACAUAUAGCUAUCCGCAUAAACAUAAGUUUUGCUUUCACGUAUUUGAGCGAAAUCUCUGUGUUAUUUCAAAAUUAUGCAACUCAACUGAUUAUUUUUUACCACGGCUCCAAGCGAAUGAAGACUAUGAAGGGAAAGUGGUGUGUGUUUCCGCGUACGCUCGGGGAAUGCUUUAGAUGCUAACAAGUUACAUAUGCAUCACUGAUAUUAUGUACACGAUCAUAACAUGGUUGAUGAACUGUAAUAUCAUUUUUGACACAUAUUCAAAAAAAACAAAAUAACAGUCUCAUAUUAUGAUAUGAGUUAGAGAAUAACAAACAUAAAUAACCCCACACUAUUUGAAAUGUGUGGUAACUUUGAAAUAAUUAUAUACUUUGACAAAAAAUAAAAUUGUAUGUACAUUAAACAAUAUUAACAUUUUAGCCAUGGACUUGUCCACCCACUUAGUGCGUUCGCAUCACUUGAGAAAAUAGGGAGGUUAAGUUACACGUUUUGAGAUAACCUGUACGUGAGGGUGUAAUAUUUCAACCCCAGGGGAUUACUCUCUCGCUCUCAAUUCACUUUUCCAGGGGCCUAAUUACAAUUAUUUUCCGUAAACCUUUAUACUCAAUCGGCCAAGUAAACAGUCCAAAUGGGAGAACUUAUCUACAGAGGACUAUAAUUCUACACGUUCACGUACAUGUUUUAAAAACGUGUAUCUUAACUUCGUGUUCCCUAAUUUCAUUUAACACAAGUGCUGAUGACUUAAUGUUAAAUUAAUAUUUAUAUAUAAUAUAUAUAUAUCAAUAAACAAGGAGGUCAAAUAUUUAUUAUGUGAAUGUACUCCCUAAAAUUUUAUACGGUCAUAAUAAAAUCUAACAAAUAUUGUAUAUUUACAUAUGUAUUAUUUACUAUCAUGAAAAAAUAUAUCUUCAGAGUUUUUCCGUUCUUCUGACUACCAAAUACCAACGGAUCCAUAAGCUCGAACCGGUUUGAUUACACGUUUGGUCGCUCUAAAUGAUUAACCUUUUCGUCUGCUCUUAAUUGUGAGUAUUCAAGUAGUGUAAAUAACUUAUUAUAUGAAGUCUAGGUUGCUACCCCUUCCGCCAUAAUCAAGUCACGGUGUGAGGCCCUAUGCUAAGCGUGUCAAUAUAAAAGGUCUACUGUCCCCUCUCAAAUGUUAACAUGUGUGGCGGCUAUA